AGAUGCGGGGUGGUACAAUGUGGCGCUGGAAGUCCUCCUGCACUCACAGGACACAUGAGAGCAGCAGAAAGUCGGAGCGAAUUGAGUCAAAGUUGGUGUUAAAGUCAGUCUACCUCCCAGAGCGACCAUGAGAGUCCUCCUGCUACUCUGCAUGCCAGUUGUGCUGUUCAGCCAGCCCCAGUACCAGGAUCCAUAUAUCUUUAACGAAUUCCAAGAGUAUGAGUACACUACAGACCCUCCUCGCGGAGGCUAUCAGCAGCAGGUUCAGCUCAACCCCGUGAUCCGUCCUGGAAAAUCAGAUCCCGAAUUCCUGACAGAGCCCACGGAGCCUGGACCUCUCGAUUGCAGAGAGGAGCAGUACCUCUGCACCCGACUCUACUCAGUUCACAAGCCAUGCAAGCAGUGUCUCAACAGCCUCUGUUUCUACAGUUUGCGGCGGGUGUACGUCAUCAACAAGGAGGUCUGUGUGAGGACUGUGUGCGCACACGAGGAGCUGCUCAGAGCGGACCUGUGUCGUGAUCAGUUUUCUCGCUGUGGAGUGGCGGCGCUGAGUGGCCAGUGUGCAUCACUAGGAGGAAGCUGUGGGAAGAGCUGCGGAAGCUGCUGAUGAUCAGGGACACCACCCGCCCAGAUACUGCCGCUUUUACACCUCCCUCAUCACGUUGUCUUACUUUGCCCUCCUCCCUCCCUCCUCUCCCUCUGUACACCCCCGCUACCCCUGUGCAAAAAAGCACUUCUGCAUUUCAGCAUGUUUCUCUUCGUCUAAAAUGUUCCACAUCUGUGUUUGCUCACUAGAUCCUGUGUGUAAGGAUACGUAUAAUCCAAAGGACGUUGAUGACUGUAUAAAUCACUGGUGCUAUAAAACUUUUAGAGGUGCACAUAAAGCCACAGAACAUCCUCUAUUUUUAUUUUUUGCAUAUCGUAUCACAUUAAUCUUCUCGUGUUUACUGGUACGUUACUGUAUUUGUGUUGAAAAGCAGUCAUUGUCAUGAUUAGCUCAUCAAUGGUGGCCGCAGUGCACUGACAUCAGACAAAACUAAUCGAUAUCCAGCCACCAGCUGUCUCGCUAUCGAAGAUCAUGAGAUAUGUGAUGAAACAGGUAGUGAGGACUGACCUCACAAAUGACCUCUGUACUACUGCUUUGUAAAACUGUCACUAUAGAGACUGAGAAAAAAAAAUAAACUUUGUUUUGUUUUUUUACUACA